AUGCCUUACGCUAAUCAGCCUCAUGUCACUAUAACUAUGCUCAGCGAUGAAGUGGUAAAGUUCAUACUGGAAGAUACUGACUUAAGUGUUGCUAAUUCUCUGAGACGAGUAUUUAUUGCAGAAGUCCCUACGAUGGCUAUUGAUUGGGUGCAGAUUGAAUCUAAUACGAGCGUUUUACAUGACGAAUUUAUUGCACAUCGGAUGGGAUUGAUUCCUCUAACCUCAAAUGGAGUUGUAGACAAAUUUCAUUUUUCUAGGGACUGUCAGUGCAUGGACUUUUGUCCAGAGUGUGCAGUGGAGUUACGCCUCAGUGUCCGGUGUGAUGAAGAUCAGACGCGAGCCGUAACCACAGCUGAUAUGGAGUCGAGUAAUGCAGCUGUCGUUCCUGCUUGUGGAAAUCAUUUGCGCAAUCGGAGUGCAGAAGAAACCAAUUCUGAUGAUAUAUUAAUUGUUAAAUUAAGAAAAGGACAGGAGAUUCGAAUGAAAUGUUACGCAAAAAAGGGAUUUGGUAAAGAGCACGCGAAGUGGAAUCCUACUUGUGGAGUCGCCUUUGAAUAUGAUCCUGAUAAUGCUUUGAGACAUACUGUUUAUGCAAAGCCUGAGGAGUGGCCGAAAAGUGAAUAUUCUCAGUUGGAAGAAGACGAAUCCGAGGCACCGUAUGAUAUGAAUGCGAAAGCAAACAAAUUUUACAUUACGGUUGAGUCUACUGGCGCUUUAAAGGCCGAAAGUAUUGUUCUCAGCGGUAUUGCAGUUUUGAAGCAGAAAUUAGCAGACCUACAGAACCAAUUACAGAGAGAACUUUUACAUACCGGUUCAGCGAUGCCGUAA